UAACCGCAAAUCGGUUUCUAUAUGAUGUAGAUUUUUGCAAUAUGGAGAAAGAAAAACAUGUGGUGGAGGGUUCGACACAGAAAAACUUGGCCCUAGACCCCGAGAUGCAAAAGGAGUUCAAGAAGAAUAACAAAAAAAUUAAAGCAAAGAAAGUACCAGGAAAAAAAGAAUCAGGAGUAGUGUACCUUGGUCACCUGCCCCAUGGGUUUUAUGAAAAACAAAUCAAGCAGUACAUGUCCCAGUUUGGGAAAGUGAAAGCUGUGAAGGUCUCACGAAGCAUUAAGACAGGAAAAAGCAAAGGAUAUGCUUUUGUGGAAUUUUAUUCAGAUGAAGUUGCUAAAGUGGUAGCAGACACUAUGGACAAUUAUUUAGUAUUUGAAAGAAUUGUCAAAUGUCAGUAUGUGCCUACCGCAAAACUUCAUCCAAAGAUGAUGGGAAGAAGGAGUGGAGUGUUCAAGCCCCCAAAGGCUCACAUCCUGGCCCGGGACAGACACAACAACAAGCAUAAGGAGGUCAAACAGGAGAAGACCAUCAAAAGACUGCUCAAGAAACACAAAAAGAGAAGUGACAUGCUGAAAUCUCUUGGAAUAGACCUGCAGAUGGACAAGCUGGAAAAUGUUUUAACUGCAGGAAAAAAAAUUCUUAAAGAGAAAGCCGAAGAAAGAGAAAAGGCAGCCAAGUUAAAGUCGAACUCAGAAUCUUCUGCAGAGAAACCCUCAACAGUAAAAAAAACUCCCAAGUCUACCAUCAAAUCAAAACCAGCAGGUUCUAAAUCAACCAUCUCGCCUGGGAUGAACAAGACACCAAAGGCACUCAAAGCAACUCCUGUGUCGACGAAAAAGGCAAAGACACCCAAGGGAACUCCUGCCUCAAAGAAAUCAACUGAAGCUACAUCGACACCAAGAAAUGUAACCACACCGGCGAAAUCAAAGUCGGCAACCCCUGUACAUAAACUCACUCCUAUGGUUCAAAAGAAGAAGAAAACUUUGUCAGAGUCUUUUAACUCCUCGAGGGAUCAGAGCAUGGAGGUUCUGAUAGAGGACAGUGAAGAAGAGGAAAUCUCAUUUAAAACUCCGCCACACUCCGUUAGGUCGUCAAAGACGCCAACCAUGACUGCCUCCACCAAGAAGAAACGCGCCAUGUCUGCCAAGGAAAACAAUGUCACUCCCGUCGGAAGGCCUCAGAAGAAGAGAAAGAGUGUAACAUGAUGCAUGGGAAAUCAUCUGGACUGUUAUUUUGUGGUGGAAUUCUAAGGUGAAUGUUGAUGAAUUUACACAAAUUUGGGGCAAUGACACUGACAACUGUGCAUCCAAACUGUUCAAUCAUCAUCAGGAUGAUUAAUUUUUAUCAAAUAAAAAUACAUAUAUGUUUAAUAUUGAACUAGAGAAAAUGCAGUUGUACAUUUAUUGCACAUGGGAUAUAUCUGUACAUUGUGACAAUAAGUAUUGCUGCAAAGUGAUAUGCAGUAUAUAUGCAGUGCCGUAUGAAGUAAAAAUCAUUUGAUGGAGGUAAUGUUUUACCUAUAACUUGUUAAUUGUUUUUAAGAGAGAUCAAUAAAUAAUAACUUUAUGAA